UGGAGCCGGUGCUUGGCCACACCAUGGCCAGACCCCUGAGCCUCAUGCUGUUCGGUGCCACCCUGACUGGCCUCCUGCUGCCCGGGAGCAGCGUGUUCACCAACCGGGAACACGCCAACACUGUGUUGACGAGGGCCCGCAGGGCCAACUCGUUCUUAGAAGAGAUGAAGAAGGGCAACCUGGAGAGGGAGUGCCUGGAGGAGACCUGCUCCUUUGAAGAGGCCCGCGAAGUCUUCGAGGACGAUGAGAAAACGAACGAGUUCUGGAACGAAUACAAAGAUGGCAACCAGUGUCAGAGCAGCCCCUGCCAGAACAACGGCACAUGUAAGGACGGCCUGGGGACCUACACCUGCACCUGUGUGGACGGAUACGAAGGCAAAGACUGUGAACUGUUCAUGCGGAGGCUCUGCAGCCUGGACAAUGGUGACUGUGAGCAGUUCUGCCAAGAGGAUCAGAACUCAGUGCUGUGCUCCUGUGCCAGGGGGUACAUGCUGGGCGAUGACGGCAAGUCCUGCAUCUCCACAGAGCCCUUCCCCUGCGGGAAGGAAACCCUGGGUCGCAGCAGAAGAUCACUGGCUCCCAACAGCAGCCAGGUCCCCCUGGAAGGCUCUGGCACACAGCAAGACGACCUGUAUGACGAACUUGCCACCAAGAGCCCCUUCGACCUGCUGGACUUGACAGAGUCACACCCUGAAGGCGACAGUAACAGUAUCGUGCGGAUCGUGGGUGGCCGGGACUGCAAAGAGGGCGAGUGCCCCUGGCAGGCCCUCCUGGUGAAUGAGGAGAACGAGGGCUUCUGUGGGGGCACCAUCCUGAGCGAGUACCAUGUCCUCACAGCGGCCCACUGCCUGCACCAGGCCAAGAGAUUCAAGGUGAGGGUAGGGGACCGGGACACGGAGCAGGAGGAGGGCAAUGAGAUGGCCCAUGAAGUGGACGUGGUGAUGAUCCACAACAAGUUUGUGAUGGAAACGUACGACUAUGACAUUGCAAUGCUGAGGCUCAAGACGCCCAUCACCUUCCGCAGGAACGUGGCCCCCGCCUGCCUGCCCAAGAAGGACUGGGCCGAGUCCACGCUGAUGGCGCAGAAGUCGGGCCUCGUGAGCGGCUUCGGGCGCACGCACGAGAAGGGCCGCCCGUCCACCACGCUCAAGGUGCUGCAGGUGCCCUACGUGGACCGCAACACCUGCAAGCUGGCCAGCAGCUUCAGCAUCACACCCAACAUGUUCUGCGCUGGCUACGACAACCAGCCAGAGGAUGCCUGCCAGGGCGACAGUGGCGGCCCCCAUGUCACCAGGUUCCGGGACACCUACUUUGUGACGGGCAUUGUUAGCUGGGGUGAGGGCUGUGCCCGCAAGGGCAAGUAUGGGGUCUACACCAAGGUCAGCAACUUCCUCAGGUGGAUCGAGAAUUCCAUGCGGGGCAGGGGUUCAGCUGUGGCUGAGCCGGCCAUGAGCCCGAGGCCUGCACAGCCCACCAUUAAAGCAAGCUCCCCGUGAGCCCCGGGG